UUUAUCUGAUACGUAUUAUUGUGCUGUGCCGUGUUCACUUUUGCGACCAGUUUAGGCGUAGACAUUCUGGUGAAUCAAUUAACAAAGUUGGAUCCUUACGGAAACUACACGCUGGGAGAUUCAGUAGAUUUUAGUAAAAUUCUCGGACUAGAUUACGGUGAUCGGAACCCGAUACUUCGCGAUGCGAUCGAUUUUAUAGUGGUGGGAGCAGGACCAGCAGGGUGUGUCGUCGCGAAUCGAUUGACGGAGAAUCCGAAUGUCAACGUGCUGUUGCUGGAGUUGGCCAAAACAUUCCCCAAAUCAACUCUUAUAAAAUGAGUGUAUCCACAAGUGCCUCCGUUUACAACGGCAAAGAAAGUCUGAAGUGUAACUAGAACCAUGUGGCCUAGCAAAUGCAUUCUAGCUCUACUAUCGCUAACCGCCACGUGCUUCGCCAGCCUCGAAAAGCUACCCCGGAAGGAAAUCGUCCUGGAGGACCGCUACCAGUACAUCGUGAUCGGAAGUGACCACGUGGCGCAAAGUGUGGGCGUGUUCCUCGCCAAGCGAAACGUCGAGAAGUCGGUGCUGGUGCUGCGGUCAAAUCACUGCGAACGAAUUCUUGAACCCGCUGCCGACGCGGCAAUCACCGACCUUGGCCGUCGAGUGGCGGACAAGUUCACGGAAUGUGCCCACCAGUUGGGCUACCAGUUUGUCGAUCCAGCCCACCGGGGGGAACGGGCGGGAGUUGCGUGUGCGGCACGGAACCGGACCUGCAAGAGGGUGGAGCAGCAGCAGCAGACCUUGUAUGCGAUUGACCCGAAUUUGAAGCUGCUGACCGGGGCUAGACUGGUUCGGCUGUUGUAUAAUCUGGCCGCUGCCGCAGUUCACGGCGUCGAGAUUCAGCUGGGCGCCUCGCGGAAGUACAUCUUCGCGGACAAAGACGUGAUCAUCGCCGGAAGAUGCGCCAACGACUACCGCCACCUGGUGACCUCGUCGAUCGUUUCCAACGUGGCCCUGCUGGAAACCCUUCGGAACGUCCCGGUUGAUUUCGCCCUGAGCGGUCCAAUUGUGGCACCGGUUUUGCACACCGAGUCAAACGUUACCCUAGCGCAGAGUCCCGUUCUGCUGCCGACGGAACUGUUCAUCCGCGGUCCGGAAUGCAACGAAGAGGACGGCGUCAAGCCAAACGCCCGGCUUGGCAUGAUCAUGGGCAACGCCAACGUGGACAAUCGCGUGUGGAUCGGUUUUGUGCCGUCGAUUUUCUCCAACGAUCCAAGUUACCUGCCAAGCCACGAGGAAACCGUCAAGAUCGUGUCCCACGCGCUCAAGGUCGCCGCCACCAUAGCCGACUGCGAUGCGUUCCAACGGCUGCAGCUAACGCCGUUAGAUCAACGCAUACUGCAGUGCGCCAAAUACGUCGGCACGUUACAAUACUGGACGUGCCAUGUGGACUUCAAGCUGCGACUGUUUGAGAAGAAAGCGGCCAUUUUCAGACACAACACGGCUCUGUUGAGUGACGAUUUCCGAGUAAACGGCGUUCGAGCGUUGCGGUUGAUACCGUUCGGACUAACGACGCCGUUUUUGGAGCAACAGUGGAACCGGAUCUUCCCCCUGCAAGCGGAACCCCAGCAAGACAUUCCAAGCGAUGCCCCGCUUCCGGUUGAUGUGGCGGAAUCCACCAGCCCCUUGGUCCAGCUGAUACGAGCGUUGCGAGGUUCCGUCAAUCGCGCUAAACGUGACGACGUAGAUCUGGUGGAUUUUUUGGACCAACUUGUGGCGAAGAACGCGACCAACGACAUCCGGAAGGUUGACGGGAGCCAGGAAGUGGAACGGGCCGACCUGCUGGUGGGCAUUUCCAAACAAGAUUUGCAGGAAAUUUUGUACCAUUUUAGAAAUUUUACGCUGCAAAAUAGCACCACCGGCAGCGCUGGUCGUUCACCCUAG